UCCAGCUCAGAAAGUUUGACAAGUUUAUCCGCCUCAAUCUUCCGUCUUUUGAGCGCCGAUUAAUUUAUGGUCAAGAAUUGGUCUUGUUUGUUUUCCACAAAUAACAAAAGAAAAUUGGCCUGUUGACCUAAGAGUAAAGUUAUCCAUCUGCGGUUAGACAAACAUUGAAGCCAUGGACAUUGUUCGGAAACUAAUGUCGGGCUUCAGACUUGAUUUAGGACCCGUCAAGGAGCCUUUGGGAUUUAUCCGAGUGCUAGAGUGGCUCUUCACCAUCUUUGCCUUUGCGACCACUGGUGGCUACACCGGGUUCACCACCAUCGCCACAGCCUGCGUAGAUCCUGCAUCCAAUGUCACUGCAAAAUUUGGCUAUCCUUUCAGGCUUAUGAGUCACCCAUUUAACAUACCAAACUGCAACACCAGCCUACCCUCAAACACCUCCUACCUGAUGGGUGACUUCUCCUCCUCCGCCGAGUUCUUCGUGUGCGUGGGAGUCUUCAGCUUCUUGUACUGCACCUUCACCCUGGUUCUGUAUCUAGGCUACCAGCAUGUUUACAGAGAAACCAGCCGAGGGCCCAUCAUUGACCUGGUGGUGACUGGCGCCUUCGCCUUUCUGUGGCUUGUAUCAUCCUCCGCCUGGGCAAAAGGUUUGAACGACGUGAAGUCCGCCACCAGUCCAGAGACUCUGAUAGACUACUGCCAUCCACGUUGUACUAUCAAGACUCACCCUGCCAUGGGACGCCUCAAUGCCUCAGUGAUUUUUGGAUUCCUGAAUCUUAUCUUGUGGGCCGGUAACUGUUGGUUCAUCUAUAAGGAGACUCCAUUCCACAAGCCUGUUCAGCCACCUCCCAAUGUAGAGGAAGGAGGUCCAAGCUCCUAAUUGGACAAGGCAGACUCCUCCCUCUCCUUUUAACCAAUCAAAACCUAGGUGUGCCACUGUUGGUUCUCAUCGUGUCACCCUAAUGCAAAGUUACGUUUGACAGGCAAAGGCUUUGACACACAACCAAAAGGUCCAGCUGUACGCAGUGGAAUACACUACCUUCAUAUGUACCAAGAUAAAUGCUCAUUAUUGGAUGUUUCAGUUUGUUUUAUUUUUCUCUUCAUUAUACGUACGUCUGUCUUUGUUGCAUUGUCUACAGCAAGUGUUUUCAUUCAGGUCCCAUACUGCAAAUCCAGGGGGGUGUCAAUCUCUUGGAAUACAGCUGCAAACUUGGCUUGCACUCUUACUAAUUUUUUUUUCUUUUCUUUCCCUUCACUGUUGGUGGAGAUUUUGUAUUUUCACAGUUAGUGGUUAUAUGUAUGUGUGCCUCUAUUCUCCUCAGUUGGGGAAAAUCAGCAGGCUAAUCGACCGUCUGUUUGAGUGUGCUCACCUUUCCCAUAUGACAGAGCAAAGUCAAAAUGCAUUUCAGUUGCUCCUGCUCUCACUCUUCAAGUAUUGUAUACACUAACUACCUUCAUCUCCUUUUGCACUGAUAUGGCAUCUCCCGCCUCCCUACAAACACUAAGUGCUUGUGUAGAUGUUUCAAGCUAUUUAUUUUUAUAGGAAAGUGCCUUGAUCAUUGACAUCUGUUAUCUCAGUGCCUUUCUCAUUGCAGUUUGGCUUACAGUGAAUCUGGCUGUAGGUUGACUUAUGAUGAAUUUAUUUUUAUGAGAAAGUACCUUGAUUAUUAACAUCUGGUAUCUCAUUGCUUUUCUCAAGGAAGGUUAUGUUGAAUCUUUUUAAGUCACUCACUGACAAAUCAUACUUGUCUUUCAUAUUUGCUCCAGGUUUUAUAUAUUUUGCUAGACAUUGCAUAAUUGUAUUACAUCAUAAUAUACUUUUCCAGUACCCUGGGUAAAAUUCCUAGUUGCCUGUUUCUUAGUGUAACAGUUUGGAUUUAACUGUGUGUGAACCAUUUAACACUCAUUUUUUUCAGGCACUUCAGAUCAUAUAUCUGACCUUUAUUUAUAGAAAGGCACAAGCCACAUUUUCUGAUAUUUUCAUUAAGCAAUCUGAUUUUUACUGAUGGUGGUGUUCACCUGCGUGAUUUCAAAGUCUUAGUCCUCUAGAUCAUUAUUUUGAUUAAUUUUUCUGCUCAUAAAAAAAAAACACUAUAGGGACUGUAUCACUUAGAGCAGGUUUUUAUAUAAUUAUAAAUUGUAACAAUUGAUAUCAAAUAACUACUGUAGUUAAUUUAUAAUUUCUAUUUUGAUCAUGAUAUGCAAAUGAUCGUCUUUAUAUGAUUGUAGUAAAUAGCAUGAAAGACCUCCACAAGUCCAACUGUCUUUGAGGUUGUUUUUUUUUAUUAUUACUGAUUAAUAUUACGCUUUGUUCCUUUUAUUUUUGUUUAAGUUAUUGUUUUACUUUCACAGUAUAUACCUUAUAAUGGCCCUAACCUGUCUGGUAAUGUGUUUGCCAAGUUAAAAUUUCCUUAAUUAAAGUGUCCCAAAUACUAGCCCCCUUAGAAGUCUUAUUUCAGCAGUAGCUGAGGGAAACACAAUUACCACCCUAAAUGAUUUGCCACAGCCUGUUUCAAACUGGAGACAUUUUGAGAAACCUGUUCUCUUCUGUAAAAAAAAAAAAAAAAAAAAAAAAAAAAAAAAAUUAUAUAUAUAUAUAUAAAAUAUAUAUAAUUUUACGUUUUUUCAAUUGGGAGUGGUGAGAGUGCAUUGCUGUUGCGUUUUGUAUCUUUUUCUUUUGUUGAUAAGAUCCGAAGAAAACAAUAUUAACCACGUUUGUUUGCAACUUCUGUAUGUGAAGUAUUAAAUGAGGAGCGCUUCA